AUCUAUUAACUUGAGGUAAUGGGAGACUGUAGUAGCGGAGCUAUGCAUGGUGUAGGGGGCUCAAUUGAAUCCUCUUCAUCGCAAAAUUGUACUUCAUAUAUUGAAUUCCUGCCAGUGAAGGAAGUGAAGGAGGAGAAUACAGAUAUCGAGGAGAGUUGUAUUGGGAAAGGUUUGGAUUCGUGGGGCGGUUUUAGACUUCACUACGUCUGGGCGGAUCUUUCAGUACGAAUGAGAGCGAAGAUGGUGUACGAAGGAGAAGGAGGCAGAUACUAUGAAUGGUGUCCGAAGGAGCAUGAAGUUCUACAGGACCACAAUAUAGGUGCUACUAAGCUUGUUCUUUCCACCAAUGGCUUUGCUUUGCCUUGCUACUCUGAUUCUGCCAAGGUUGCUUAUGUUCUUCAAGGUAGCGGUAUUGCUGGUGUUGUACUUCCUGGACAAGAAGAGAAGGUAGUAGCCAUUCGAAAGGGUGACGCGAUUGCGCUUCCUGUUGGAAUUGUCACAUGGUGGUACAAUAAAGAUGUUACAGAACUUGAGAUACUCUUUCUUGGUGAUACCAAAACUGCAGUUAAACUUGGUUCAUUCGCUGACUUCUUGUUGAAGGGGUCGAACGGCAAUAAUCUCUCUUGUUUUUCCCCUGAGUUUAUUGGCAGAGCAUGGAAAUCGGACAAAAGUAUUCUCAAGACUCUCGUUGGUCUGCAUCUUGCCAGGAGUAUCGUCAAGCUUGUUCCAGGCUUUGAAAUCUCAGAGGCGGAGCUAAAGGACUACAGAGAUGGCAUGUUACUAAACUGUGAGGAAACAGCCCCUUCCCGUUCUGACACUAAUGGUGGUGGAGAGAUAUUGGAUUUGAAUACCGAAAACUUGCCAAUCAUUGGCGACAUUGGACUUGGUGCUAGUCGUGCGACGUUGAACGGCAAUGCUGCGUACUAUCCUGAAAUUUCUGUUGAUCCAGCAAUUCGCGUCACUGAUAUUAUAAAAGGCAGCGGCAGAGUGAAGGUGCGUGAUUUUUGUGGUUUUGUUACAGAAAGACAGAUCGAAGUUGGUGAAUUGUUUGUUGUUCCAAGGCUAUUAAGUGUGUUGAAAAUUGCUGAUCCUGAGGGCAUGGAGUGGUUCUCUAUUGUCACCAACGAAAAUGUAAUUGUUUUAUAUAUGAGAUCACAUUACUUUUCAUCAAUGUUGCUCAGACUCUCCAAAAUGUUAUCAUACCUUGUCGGAUCCUUCAAAUACUCACUAUUUUUGGAGGAAAGGACACACACCCUACGACAUAUUUGGAGAGUCUGACCAAUAUAGCUUUCUAUUAUGGCUAUAAGUUGAUUCUAAUCUUAACCAUUUCUAUUCAACAGUCCAACAACUAUCUCACACUCGGCCGUUGGGGCCUCAUUUCUGAUAGCUCUAUUCCCAAAAGUUCAAGUUCUCCUGGUAGCUCUUAAUGUGCUCCAUAUGUACAAAAGCAAUUUAGC